GAUUAUACGUUUCUUCGGCUGCGACAGGAGGCUGGUUUGCAAGCGUCUUGUGCGAGAUUACACACACACACACACAUCACACACAUACUCACGCACGCACGCACAUACACACGCGCGAGAGCGCGCCAGUGGUUCUUCUUCGUCGUCGUCGGUGCGCGCUCCGACGAAUUCGUCGCUGAAGGAUAUGUCGGUAUAGUGCUUCGCUCGCGCGCGCGCUGCAUCGGAUCGGAGCUACGCGAUGGCCGGAUACUCCAGUGCGCUCGAUACGGAUUUUACCCCGGAGCCGAGGAUGCGGCGAUCCACGAUCGAUGCCGUCCCGGAUCGCACCGACGGAUCCUCCGAGGGAUGCGCGAUAACGAGGCCGCCUGUGAGCUUCCGAUUACCGCCCGCUGCGAAAAAACCGCUCUGCAAAACGAACAGGAACGCGAGUAGAAAAAUUGGACGAAGAACGGCGCCGUUCAUAAUUUGCCUGUCGCUGCUGAUGGCGACGGGAACGAAGACAGUGGCGGCUACGAACAUGACGAACGCAUCGUUCAUAGCGUCGACGGUGAAGCCGUUUACAACGACGGAAGUAGUUUAUCAGCGAUUCGCCAUCGAACCGAUGGAUCAAACUGCGGUGGUUGGCAGCCGGGUGACGCUUCCAUGCCGGGUUCUCGAUCAGAAGGGGCCCAUUCAAUGGACUAAGGACGACUUCGGCUUGGGAGCAGUUAGGAAUCUCACCGGAUACGAGCGAUACGCCAUGAUCGGCAGCGACGAAGAAGGCGAUUUCUCGCUACACAUAUAUCCGGUGGAUCUCGAGGACGACGGCAUGUACCAAUGUCAGGCUUCGCCGACGAACGACGGACAGCCGGCGUUGCGAUCGAGAUUCGCCCGACUGAGCGUCCUAGUGCCGCCGCAGAAGCCGAAGAUCCUGCAGGGCGACUUCCUCGUCACUACCGAGGAUCGCGAACUGGUGAUCGAAUGCAUAAGUCUCGCCGGGAAACCACCGGCGGAGAUCACGUGGAUCGAUGGACUGGGCAACGUGCUUCAUCGUGGCAUCAAAACCACGAAAGAGUCGUACGAUAAUGGCCCGCUCUUCACGGUGAAGUCUAUCCUGAGGGUAAUGCCACGGAAGGACCACGACAACACGACCUUCACGUGCCAAAGCCAAAACGCAGCGGAUCGCACGCCGCAGAACGCCAAACUUCGCGUCGAGGUACGCUACGCGCCGAAGGUGUCCCUCUCGAAGAUCGAUCGCAUCGUCGAAGGCUCCGAGCUUAGGUUCCGAUGUUGCGCCGAGGCCAACCCACCUACAGUGGAGUACAAGUGGUUUAUCAACAAGAAAAAGGUGAUCGGGGACUACACGACGGAAAUGAUUAUUCACAACGCUACUCGCGAGUUGCACGACGCGACUGUCAAGUGCGAAGUUCAUAACGAGGUCGGUAAAAGCGAGGAGAGCCAGACCUUGGACAUAAGAUACGGCCCGCAGUUUCGGCACCCGCCGGUCUCCGUGGAAACGCAUUACGGCGCCACGGAAAUCUUGCAGUGCGACGUCGAUGGGAAUCCGACCCCGGAGAUCCUAUGGUUCCACGAGGACUCGGAACGAACGGUCGCCACUAGCCCGAAUAUAAGCGUAUUUGUGAGCCCGGACACCGCCGGACGUUACUACUGCAAGGCCCGCGUGCCCGGUUUUCCCGAACUGACCGGCUACGCUAACAUCUAUAUUCGCGCCCCGCCGAGCAUAGUGUCGCAAAGGAUUCAGUACGUGCCCGACGAAGGAGUGGUCAAGGUUAAGUGCACCGCGAUAUCUGUGCCAAAAGCGGAGUCGGUGAUGUGGAGCUUCGCCGGUCGCGAGCUCAAUUUCACGUCGAACAAUACGCCGUUCUACGUGCAAGAGGAAUACACGGCCGAGAGGGUAGUCAGCACUGUCACCCUCCUGGAUCCCAUAUCGACGUACUUCGGAGAUUACAACUGCACGGUCACGAACAGCUUCGGCACGGAUUCCGUCAUAAUCAAGCUGACAGCACACACGUUGAUUCCAGUCGAUUGGCAGCUGAUUUUGAUCAUCGUUGGACUGGUUGUCUGCGUGGUCCUAAUUGGCGUAAUAGUCAUACUCAUUCUGCAAUGUCGCGAUCGUAUUAAGCAGCCGCGGCCGCGGACGGCGCAGACUCAAGAGACCGACAUGCAGGAAACCGAUUCCAAUGCCGAUCGAUACAGAGAAAGCGAUAGGAGCAGCAACCUCUCAGAUGUCAAAGCGGACAUUCGAGCGGGAUCCAGUGUCAGCAAUGCAGAAAGUGUCACAGCCCUUGACAGUGAAGGCGAAGGAAGUACCAGAGGAGUGAACGCUUUGGCUCUCGCCGGACCGGUGCCGAAUCCGCUGGGUUAUCGUUACAGUGCUGAUUAUACUGAGCCCUCGUUCCCGCCAAAAAAUAACGAUGGUAGUAACAACAAUGGUUACGUGCCAUACGUUGACUAUACACGCGAUUAUAUGCCACCGACGACACAGGGCAUAGGCGCCUCGCGGGAGUCCUUGAGCAGGAUACCGUCGGGCGGUAUUCUGGCGUCGAAAAAAAUCGGCCUCAGCUCGGCCAAUCUGGGCGCUUCGACCCCGCAAACAACGCCGGUGAUCGAUCCGCGAUUUUCCGCGACGUAUGGCAAUCCCUACCUCAGAAUGUCAGCGGCCGAGCAGCUCCGACACGCGCCGCACACAGCCGUGCCGGGAGUCACGCCAGCACCGCCGCCCUACACGCAGGCAAUGAGAAUGAAUAGCUUGAAUACCUUGAACGGCGCGGGCCCGCAGGCUCCCCUGUCGGCGCACUACAUCACCGGCGGGCCAAACGGCGCCAUGGCGACGGUGAAGCGCACGUCCGCGGUGGGUACGUUAGCGACGCACGUAUGAGGCCAGGGGAUCUACCCGAAUUAGAACCGUCGAUACUCGGGCCUAACUGAAACUACCUUCGAGUUUGGCCGUGCCCUCGAGACGC